AUGUCAAAGUUUCACCUAUUCGAGGGGCCGUGUUUGUUGUUCAGGCCAUUUGAAAUUCAACGGGUGUUUUUCAAUCAUUUGAAUGAAUAUCGAUACAAGAAGCUAGAUCCUACGUACACAAGAGAAGGUUUAGAUGCUGGAGUAAAAGAGGUAAAUCAAAUUUUGUUGUGGGUAUCUCAAGUACUGUUGAGAGAAAUUGUUUUAUAUGUUUAGGUUUGGUGGAUAAGUAAGAUUUAUUUCUAUCUCAUAGUUGUAAAAGGAAUUUUCAUUUGUAUAUUGAUGAUUUGUGGCUUUGUUUUAAUUUAGUUUGGCUAAUUUAUAAAUUAAUUUUUUACUAUAAUAUAAUAUCUCGUUAGGGAAUCGUAAGGAUAGCAAAAGAUCUCAGAGAGAAGAAUGAAACUAAAAUGGUCGAUUAUCUUGGCAAACACCUUCGAUAUCGACUGAAAUUGAGGCUACCGGAGAUGGAUAAAAGUGUACUACAGCAGAAUCUAAAUUUUGAUGUGGACAAUAUAAGAAAGGUUUAUUUACAUUCAAUAUUCAUGACAAUGGAAGGAGUGAAACUAAGUAAGCUUUCUACUUCUUUUUUUACUUUUAGAUACAAAAUAUUUUGAUAAUGGACUAAUUUAUCUACUUUGUGAAUCUGAUGGUUAAUAUAGGUGUUUCUUUUGAUGUCUCUAAUGUUAUGUUCGUUUUUCUUGCUAAAUUUUAACAAAAGGUAUUUCAUCUUACUGUUGCAAGUAUUCUUUGUAUAAUUUCUGUACAAAACUAAUUGAAGCCUUGUUAAUUUUAGCGGUUUUUGUAAACAAAAACAUGUUUUGAAACGUGCACGUUCGCGAGGAGAACACUGGUGCCUUAGGGUUAAUUCAUGUGCUGUUCUGUGUUCUUUUUGACUUUUUCGGGAAAAACAGAAGAUUCUUUUUGUAUGGGAGAAACAGAAAAUUAUCAGUUUUUGCAAUUCAAAUGUUUGUUGUUACGAUAAACAUUGGAAUAUGUUGUUUUAAUCGUUGGUUGUAUUGUUUUGGUUGUUGUGGGGAAGUCACGAAAUAUAAAAAAGUUAAAACUAUUUAAAAUAUUGUGUGAGAGGUUGCGUUAUUAAGUUAAAGUUGAAAUUAGAGCGAAUAUGUGGAAGUGUAAUACCUAAAAAGACGUAGAAUUAGUGACCUUGCGGACGGAAAAGUGACUCACUUUUGUUCGGCUUUUAUUUGAAGCUUGUGUCUUUGGUGGGAUGUUGAUGUCUAAUGAUAAUGCUGGAGUUGUGUUUUGGGGUUAGAAAAGACGUGUUUUAGGUAGGGUUGUAAGUGUACACACUCUUAUCACACGUACUGUUAUUGAGUAGCUAUGGUAACUUGUUGUUGUGUCACUUUUUGUAUUUUUGUCUAUUUGGUUAAAAGUCUAAAAGACGUGGGUUUGGGUUCAAAAUAUUGUAAAAUUUUUAAGUAAAAAUAUCGUUGUAUAAAAAUACUUUUUUUCAGCCGAGGAUACACGAUAUACAGCUUUCGUCACAUCUAUAGCAUACAUUGACCCUAAAGGUACGGGGCCAUUGUCAUCGUUUCAAGUUGCCAAAAGAGUCAAUGAUUUCCUCGUCUGUAAUAUAACGUAAGUUUAAAGACUUUAAUUUUGAAAAUUUAGGUAAUUUUGAAAAUAUUUAUUUAUAUUUAGCUAUGACUUUUUGUAUAUAUGUAUUACUUGUUAUGUUUAGGUUCGGCCGCACCGUGAAACCGAUGGGAAAAUGGCGUAUAUCGGACGUGAACUUUUUCGAUCCGGCUGUCACGGAACAGCUGGCACACGUUUAUGUUUGA